UUUCCUUCGUGCAUUAUAAUCGCCAGUUGGUUCCAGCGCGCGUCGAUAUUCCCGCGUUUUCUUGGCUCAAAGAAUUAACUCGAAUUUAAAAAAAAAAUGAAUAAUCAACUUGACGAUGAACAAAUAACAAUGUUGCGACGCGCCUUCAGCAUGUUUGAUUCGAGCAAGCAAGGUCGCAUUGAGAAGGAAAAAGUUAGAACAAUUUUGAACACGAUGGUCCACAGCUUCGAUGAUAACGAUUUGGAUCAGAUGCUGGACAAUGAAGAUGUAGAUGGUUCAGGGAAGCUGAACUUCGAUUCGUUUGUUCGAGUCGCGACACACUUCCUCGAUGAAGACGACGAGGCUUUGCAGAAGGAACUUAAAGAAGCUUUUAGACUUUAUGACAAAGAAGGCAACGGUUACAUCCCGACUUCUAGUCUAAGGGAGAUACUCGCUGCAUUAGACGACCAGCUGACGCCGGACCAACUCAACGAAAUGAUUGCGGAAAUAGAUACCGACGCUUCGGGAACUGUUGAUUUUGAUGAAUUUAUGGAGAUGAUGACUGGGGACUAGUGUGUGAGUUCCUAAGGUGUGGAUAUCCGUUAUCGAGAAUACUUAAAAAAAUAUAUGUUCAUUUACAUCAUUUUAUAAAUUUUCCUCAUCGUUUCACAAUUUUUUAAAAACAUUGAGAAAUAAUAAAAAUAAAUAAGCAAAAUUUAGCCAUCUAUCAAAGGUAUAUUUUCUGUUUUUAAUAUAUUGAAUAUGACAACUCCAAGGUAACCUUCGCCUUGUUUUUGCAAUAUAUUUUAUAGAAUACUUUGUAAAUAACUAUUGUAAUCGAUGCGAGAUAUAAUCACUCAAUCGCCUAAAAAUCAGUGCGGGGCAGUGCUAACAGACUUGUGAAACAUUCCCCGCAAACACAGAGCACAGGGCACACAUCCGCGCGGGGCAUAUUCAUUCCAAUCGGUAACACCCAAACGAAUCAAAUCAAAGACGUAUAUCUACCGAUUAAUAAUUUUUUCUCCAUAAAAUUGUGUUCUAGUCAAUCCAAAUAAUUAAUGUAAUUUAAUAUCAAUA